AUGCUGAGAAAAGGAAAGAGGACCAGCUUCUUCAAGCCAUCGCCCUCCGACCGUGCUGCGAGGCCCGCUACAGGCAGCGAGCCUUUCGCCGACGUGUUAAUGGAGGAGCGGAUCGCAAGCGUGGAACCUUUGAUCAAGAAGUGGGCCACCAACUCCUCCAGCACCUCCGGAUAUGCUGGCGCCACUUUUCUCUUCCACGAAGGGCGCCACGAAGCCGCGCUCUACCUGAGCCACGUCAAGGACCUGCACUCCGCAAUGAUGCGCUGCACCGGUGAAGUCUCGAACUCGGGCGUGAUCGUGCGGGCUCAUGAGCUGUUGCAGACCGCAGUGAGGCGGCUCUCCCUGGAAUUCCACCAGAUCCUGUCGUCGCAUCUCCCGUAUCCUGACCACGCCGAAUCGUUCUCAAGCCAGUCUUCGCGAUCCUCUACCCUAUUGAGCUUCUCGGACUUCGAAUACGAGUUGGAGGGCAAGUUAUCGACGAAGAAGUCCAUUGCUGAGCCAGUAAUGCAGGAAGAGGAGCGAGUUCUUAAUGCAGCGGUUUCCUAUGUAAAGACCAUUGCAGACUGCAUGAUUGCUUGCGGGUACGGCAAAGAGUGCAUGGAUAUCUACAAAAUCGUGCGAAGAUCAGUCGUCGACGAGGAACUGUAUCAUCUAGGGUUCGAGAGGCCGAUAGACUCUUGGCAGAUGCAGAAGAUGGAUUGGAAGGUUUUGGAAGCGAAGGUGAAGAGCUGGCUGAAAGCUGUGAAGCCGGCGGUCCAGACGCUCUUCUAUGUUGAGAGGAUGCUCUGCGACCGGGUCUUCACCACUGCGCCCGCCUUGGUCAAGGAGUCCGUCUUCUCCCACGUUGCGCGGGACGCCGCGGUUGCGCUGUUUGGGUUCGCAGAAGGGGCGGCGAAGGCUAUCAAGAGGUCUCCCGAGAGAAUCUUCUGCCUGCUCGACCUCUACGAGGCCAUCGCCAACCUCUGGCCGGGCAUCAAGGCCACCUUCUACUACCACGCAACAUCCGCCGUCAGAUCACAUGCGAUCAAUUCACUUAGCAAGCUUGGCGAGGCGGUCCGCGUGACGCUCAGCAACUUUGAGGCGGUCAUCCAGAAGGACUCCUCCAAGAAAUCAGCAGUCCCCAGUGGCGGCAUCGACCCGCUCACGGUCAACGUCAUGAACUACCUCGUCUUGCUCGCGGACUAUGGCGGUGUCCUCAAAGACAUACUCGUCAAAUGGCCCGUUGAUGGCAGCCCCAAGCACCCGGGGUUCCCAGACUCCUACUUUCCCGGCUGUGACCCUGCCACCUCCAUCACUGUUGGAGUCAGCGAUGCGUCGGCGAAGUUCGCACGGUUUGCACAGCUCGUUGACGUCCUACUGUGUAAGCUCGACGUGAAGGCCAAGCGGUACAAGGACGUGGCUCUCUACUACCUCAUCCUCGCCAACAACCUCCAGUACAUCGUCAACAAAGUGGCUCAGUCCAGCCUGAAGCACCUCCUCGGCGAGCACUGGGUGGCGAACCACGAGUCCAUGGUGAAGCUCUACGCUAGCAACUACGAGCGGACGGGAUGGAGCAAGGUCUUCGCUUCCUCGUCCGGUCCGAGUGUUGAGAUUUCUUUGGGCCAGGCGAAGGAAUCGCUGAGGAAGUUCGACGCGGCGCUGGAGGAGGUUCAGGCCAAGCAGGUGGGAUGGGCCGUGACCGACCGGAAGCUGAGGGACGACAUCGUGCUGUCACUGGCGGAGGAGCUCGUGCCUGCUUAUCGGCGACUCUACGACGGCUGUCCGAGGGGAGAUCCGGUGGUCAAAUUCACUCCUGAUGAUUUGGAUAAUUACUUGGCUGGCAUGUUGCGCGCCACUGGCGGUGGCUCCGUGACCGUGUCGGAGGCGGCGUCGCGGUCGUCCAGCCGCUGGAAUGGAAAGAGCAUUCCAUGA